UAUCUGUCAGAAAGUAGAACCACCAGUGUUAAUACAGUCCAGCAGUUACACAUCAUCUAUAUACACAACAUCUGACAGAUCAACAGUCUUAUAUUCUAGUUUCCCACCAUCAUCGACAAUUAAGAAAACUGCUACAAUAUCAACAGUUUUAUAUUCUAGUUUUCCACCGUCAUCGCCAAUGAAGGAACCUGCUACCAUACCAACAGUCUUAUAUUCUAGUUUCCCACCAUCAUCGCCAAUUAAGGAACCUGCUACCAUAUCAACAGUCUUAUAUUCUAGUUUCCCACCAUCAUCGCCAAUUAAGGAACCUGCUACCAUAUCAACAGUCUUAUAUUCUAGUUUCCCACCAACAUCGCCAAUUAAGGAACCUGCUACCAUAUCAACAGUCUUAUAUUCUAGUUUCCCACCAUCAUCGCCAAUGAAGGAACCUGCUACCAUAUCAACAGUCUUAUAUUCUAGUUUAUCGUCGUUGCCAAUAAAAGAAUCUGCUACCGUAUCAACAGUUAUUUACUCUAGUUUUACAUUAUCAUCAAUAAAGGAAAUCUUUACCGGAUCAACUGUUGUUUACUAUGGUUACCUAUCAUCAACGGUCUACGCUACUGCUACUCUAUCAUCCAUCCUCUCAGACUUCCCAGCAGCACUACUACACGAACCAGCUACAAAAUCAACAGUCCUCUCAGACUUCCCAGCAACACUGCUACACGAACCAGCUACCAUAUCAACAGUCCUCUCAGACUUCCCAGCAGCACUACUACACGAACCAGCUACCAUAUCAACAGUCCUCUUAGACUUCCCAGCAGCACUGCUACACGAACCAGCUACCCUAUCAUCAAUCCACUCAGACUUCCCAGCAGCACUGCUACACGAACCAGCUACCAUAUCAACAGUCCUCUUAGACUUCCCAGCAGCACUACUACACGAACCAGCUACACUAUCAUCAAUCCUCUCAGACUUCCAAGCAGCACUGCUACACGAACCAGCUACAAAAUCAACAGUCCUCUCAGACUUCCCAGCAGCACUGCUACAUGAACCAGCUACCAUAUCAACAGUCCUCUCAGACUUCCCAGCAGCACUGCUACACGAACCAGCUACCAUAUCAACAGUCCUCUCAGACUUCCCAGCAGCACUGCUACACGAACCAGCUACAAAAUCAACAGUCCUCUCAGACUUCCCAGCAGCACUGCUACACGAACCAGCUACCAUAUCAACAGUCCUCUUAGACUUCCCAGCAGCACUGCUACACGAACCAGCUACCAUAUCAACAGUCCUCUCAGACUUCCCAGCAGCACUGCUACACGAACCAGCUACAAAAUCAACAGUCCUCUUAGACUUCCCAGCAGCACUGCUACACGAACCAGCUACCAUAUCAACAGUCCUCUCAGACUUCCCAGCAGCACUGCUACACGAACCAGCUACAAAAUCAACAGUCCUCUUAGACUUCCCAGCAGCACUGCUACACGAACCAGCUACCAUAUCAACAGUCCUCUCAGACUUCCCAGCAGCACUGCUACACGAACCAGCUACAAAAUCAACAGUCCUCUUAGACUUCCCAGCAGCACUGCUACACGAACCAGCUACAAAAUUAACAGUCCUCUCAGACUUCCCAGCAACACAGCUAAACGAACCAGCUACCAUAUCAACAGUCCUCUCAGACUUCCCAUCAGCACUGCUACACGAACCAGCUACAAUAUCAACAGUCCUCUCAGACUUCCCAGCAGCACUACUACACGAACCAGCUACCAUAUCAACAGUCCUCUCAGACUUCCCAGCAGCACUGCUACACGAACCAGCUACCCUAUCAUCAAUCCUUUCAGACUUCCCAGCAACACUGCUACACGAACCAGCUACCCUAUCAUCAAUCCUUUUAGACUUCACAGCAACACAGCUAAACGAACCAGCUACCAUAUCAACAGUCCUCUCAGACUUCCCAGCAGCACUGCUACACGAACCAGCUACCAGAUCAACAGUCCUCUCAGACUUCCCAGCAACACAGCUAAACGAACCAGCUACCCUAUCAACAGUCCUCUCAGAUUUCCCAGCAGCACUGCUACACGAACCAGCUACAAAAUCAACAGUCCUCUUAGACUUCCCAGCAGCACUGCUACACGAACCAGCUACCAUAUCAACAGUCCUCUCAGACUUCCCAGCAGCACUGCUACACGAACCAGCUACAAAAUCAACAGUCCUCUUAGACUUCCCAGCAGCACUGCUACACGAACCAGCUACCAUAUCAACAGUCCUCUCAGACUUCCCAGCAGCACUGCUACACGAACCAGCUACCAUAUCAACAGUCCUCUUAGACUUCCCAGCAGCACUGCUACACGAACCAGCUACCCUAUCAUCAAUCCUUUCAGACUUCCCAGCAACACUGCUACACGAACCAGCUACCCUAUCAUCAAUCCUUUUAGACUUCACAGCAACACAGCUAAAGGAACCAGCUACCAUAUCAACAGUCCUCUCAGACUUCCCAGCAGCACUGCUACACGAACCAGCUACCAGAUCAACAGUCCUCUCAGACUUCCCAGCAACACAGCUAAACGAACCAGCUACCCUAUCAACAGUCCUCUCAGAUUUCCCAGCAGCACUGCUACACGAACCAGCUACCAGAUCAACAGUCCUCUCAGACUUCCCAGCAACACAGCUAAACGAACCAGCUACCAUAUCAACAGUCCUCUCAGACUUCCCAGCAACACAGCUAAACGAACCAGCUACCAGAUCAACAGUCCUUUCAGACCUCCCAGCAACACAGCUAAACGAACCAGCUACCCUAUCAACAAUCCUUUACUCCAGUUACACGUCCACACCAUUAAUCGCACCAUCUGAAUUGUUAUCGAGUUUAGCACUAGCACUAGACACAGCAAUGUCUUACUCUACUGCCUUGUCUAGUCCAUCUUCUGACGUGGAAGCUUUGUCUACAACAGCCCCAGUGGCAACGUUCACCAAUACGAGCCCCAAAUCACCACACCACCCCUCGGAACAAAGUUACACUUAUCUGUGCUCAUGUCAGUGUAGUAAUUACACAAGAGCGAAAGACGCUCUAACAAACUCUCAGACUGAAGAGCUCGUACAUUCAAUUCAAUUCAAUCUUCUACUCAAUGAAAAGAAUUUGUCUGCCGUCAUUAGGAAAUUGUCGUCAGUUCCGGAUCAUCGACCGUCUGCUAAGGUUUUGGGAAGUAUUGGCGUCUUGGUACUAACGGCGGUAGCCUGUGGUCUGGUAGCCCUAGACUGUUCUCGCUAUUUCAGAUGGCUUAGCAGAAGGAAGUCUUUAGCCGUUAAGGUGCAACCCGCAACCUAAAGAUGACGUCACACUGGAAUCUCGCUUGUCGAGAACUUCAUCGAGAAAUUCAGCGAAAGAUUUUUAUGCGCAACAACUUUUCUAGAGAGUUAAAGUAACUCCAGAGAAUAGACUUGGUCCUUUUUUCAAGUUGGGAUAGAGAGAAGAGAGAUAGUGUUAGUGUGAGUAGAAGAGAAUGAGAAAGAGAAAAAGAGAGAAAGAAAAAGAGAGAAAAAGAGAAAGGAAAAAGAGCAUGACAUAAAAAUACAGAGCGAGAUAGAAGGAGAAGAAGAGAGAGAAGAAAAAGAGAGAGCGAGAGAAGGAGAGAAAGAGACAGUAAAGACAGUGAGUGAAAGAAAAAAGAGGGAGAGAAAGAGUGAACUAGAGAAGAGGAGAGAGAGGGGGAGAGAAAGAGAAGA